AAUCUUCCAACGGGAUUUUCCGAAUCAAAUGAUGAGGGUCAUUUUUUUGAGUAAAAUAGUGGGAGCAUAUUUAAUUAAAGGCCUAAUUAAAUAUGUCAAUGAUACUUAUAUUUUCAUUAAUACUUAUGUAGAUUACCAUGACAACAAACACCUCUAACAACAUCUUGCGAUCAAUCCUUGAGAAGGAAAAAUUGUUUGGGACAAAUUUUUUGGAUUGGUACCGAAACAUGAGGAUUGUCCUCAAACAUGAUAAAGGGGAAGGAAAGGAAGUUGUCAAACCCAAACCCACUAUUGCUGCUUUGAAGCCUAGUGGAGGCAUAACAAAAGAAGGCACCUGCUUCCAUUGCGGUAAGACCGGACACUGGAAGAGGAACUGCCCAAAGAACAUGGAAGCUAAGAAGAAUGGAGUAGAGACUUCAACUUCAGGGACUAAAAAGGAGUAGAGAUUUGGCAAAAGGUGAAGUCAAUCUACGAGUUGGCAAUGGAGCAAAAGUUGUUGCUUUAGCCGUAGGAACUUAUGUAUUGACUUUACCUAGUGGUUUAAUAAUUCAGUUAGAGAACUGUUAUUAUGUACCUGCAAUUAGCAGGAAUAUUAUUUUUGUUUCUUGUUUGGACAAGUUUGGUUUUUCGUUUAUAAUAAAGAACAAUUGUUGCUCAAUUUAUUUGAAUGAUAUAUUAUAUGCUACU